AUGGCUGAAUCUACUGAACCAAACCCAAGCAAACUAAAAAGACUGAAAAAGACCAACUUCACUGUGGCAGAGGAAGACCUGAUACAACAACUAGUCGAGAAACACUCCAGUAUAAUCAAUGGAAAACUUACAAAUACAGUGACUAACCAAUUGAAAAAAAAGGUAUGGGAUGAUAUAGCCAUCAGAGUCAAUUCUCUUGGAGUUGCCAUCCGUACAGCCACAGAAGUUAGGAACAAGUGGAGGAAUACCACAAGAGUGGCCAAGGCUGUGUACACAACUCACAGGAGUGAGUUGUUCAAAACUGGGGGAGGACCAGCUCCAAAACAACCAAGCUCAGCAGUCGAGAAAGUUAUCCAUCUUAUGAAGGACACCACCAGCUUCAGGGGGAUUCAGGGUGGACUUGAAACUGAAUCAUUCCAGACAAAUCAACCAUCUAUCAAUGCCACUUUACCGGAAGAAGAUGCCAGCCAGGAUUUGUAUGAAUCUGCUGCAUCUCUGAUAAGGGACAGUCCACCCCCCUCCAGUCCACCAAGUCCGUCUCUGCUUUCAGGAUAUGACCCCAUCCUGACACAAACAGUCGUACCACAUAUUCAAGAACAAACAGAUAGGACAGAUAAGCAGAAGACAGUGAGAACACCUUUGAAAAAGGUAACAGUGCAGGAUAUUCACGACAUGCAGUAUCGUGCACUGCAAGGUAAACUAGAAAUCCAAGAGAAGCAGAAAGUGCAUAUGGACUUGGAGAGGAACAAACUGGAACUACAAAUUGAGCUGUUGCAGAAGUUAGUGGGUGGCAAUUCUGAACCAGUAACACUCUCUCAGGCACUUGCCUCUAUGUAUUAAAUUCAUUGUUAUAUUGUUGAUUUGUAUUUCAGAAAUUACUAUGAGGCCAACACAUUCAUUUA